AUGCCAUUCUUUGUCUUAGUUUUGUUAGAACUCGAAAGAGUUCCAUCGAAAAUCCCUCGGAAGCUUCUACUUUCUCAUGAAUUCAUACAGGUAAAAAUCUGGUUCCAAAAUCGAAGAACAAAGUGGAAAAAGAAAGACAACGUCUCCAACGCGGAAGUGGCUGAAAUAAAGCAGCAGAACAAACCCAGUUCCGAGGAGAAGAAGACGGAAGAUGUCAAGGAAGAUCCCCUCGCGUUGGAUAUGUCCAAAAAGAACUGCAAUAAGAUAUUAAGCGAGAAAAUUAGGAAUACAAAGCAGACGGUCCAAAACGCAGUACCAAAGCCAAGAAGAGUGGAGAAGGGAGUAGUACUAGAGACAAUAUGUGACGCUAAUGAUAUUGAGAGUAGAAUUUCAAUAACGAAGAUCACGAACAAGCUAUCUAGUACUGAUAUAGCGGGGGAAGCUGGGAAGGUUUCAGUGAAGAGCUUCAGUCCGGAAGAAGUGAAAGACUUGAAAUUCGACAGCUUAAGUAGGGAUGUCGAAAUGUGA